AUGGCAAACCCGGACCAGCUGCGCAAGAAGCGUGGUGCCCUAAGGGCUGGCGUCACGAGAGCGCUCACGCUUUUAACGGACCUGCUGCAGCAACCGGAUCCUGACGCCUCUCAGAUUAGCGGCCACAUGGAUUACCUCAAGGACAAGGAGACAGCACUGUCGCAGCUCGACGACGUCAUCCUUGCGACCACGGACGAAGAGAACCUCGACCAGGAAGUAGGUACGGCGCAGGAAUACAACGAGAAGAUUCUGUACGCAGUAUCACGCGCCAAGUUCUGGCUUCAAGAACGUGAGAGGAAUGCCGGAACGCAGGCUCGAGCAACUGAACCCGGGCCUAGCUACAUCGGAUCUCCGAACUCCGGCGACGCAGCAGGCCAGGUGAGAGAGCAUCGUCAGCGUUCUGUUCAACUACCGAAGCUACAGAUACCGACUUUCGAUGGUAGUCUGCGUGGAUGGCAGUCUUUUUGGGACCAUUUCGACGCCACCAUCCACACGAACGCUGAGCUACCGCGGAUUGAAAAGUUCAAGUACCUCCUCACCUACUUAAGCGGCAGCGCGAAGCGGGCUGUCGAAGGCAUCCGCUUAGCCGAACAAAACUAUGACCUUGCGAUCAAGACGCUCACGGACCGCUUCGGACGCCGGGAUCUGCUCGUGAACGAACAUAUCGAUCAUCUUCUCGCGCUAAGCGCAGUGAAAUGUUCAUCCGAGGUCCAAAAGCUUCGUCUGCUGCACGACAACGUCCAAUUUCACGUCAGCGCCUUAGAAGGGCUUGGAGUUUCGCCAGACCAGUACACCGUGGUGUUAAACCGUGUCCUGAUGCGAUGUCUGCCAGAGGAUCUCGCCAUCAUGUACAGGCAGAAAACCAAGGAAACAAAUUGCGCACCCAGUAUCGCCGAAACUCCUGAAGACAGAACGCGGCUAGCCAAGGAGAUGCUAACCUUCCUCCGCAUCCAAGUGGAAAUCCGGGAGGAAGGCCGGCAGCUGUCGCGUCGUGCGCUGCAAGACGAACCCAGGACCCACAUGCCUGAAGAAAUUUAUGGCGCGGAACCUAUACCAUCAGCGUCAGCUCUAACCGGGUCCGCCUUGCCUGUCAGACCAGCGUGUCCGCUAUGCCAAAGCAAGGAUCAUACGAUCGCUUUCUGUAACGCUGACCUAUCGGCUGAGGAGAAGCGUGCAAGGCUGCAGUACGCUAAUUGCUGCUUCCGCUGCGGAACGCGCAAUCACAUCGCCAGAUUGUGCAGAAAAUCCAUCAACAUCAGGUGUGGUACCUGCCAUCGACGCCACCUGACGAUUCUCUGUGAAUUAUCGAGGCCAGCCGAAGACCUUCCAUCAAGCGGUGGAUCCCCGGCAUUUCAUGAACCACCGCCCCAACCAAUGCGAAACGUCACAACCGCCCAGAGUAGUCACGUCGAAUCUACGCCUGUAUUGUUGCAGACAGGCCGAGUUUGGGCAGAGUCUGGAGACCGACGACUACUCGUGCGGAUACUGCUGGACAGCGGCAGUCAGCGCACAUACAUUCGUGCAGACGUGGCAAAAAUACUUAAGUGCUCGGUCGUGGGUAAUGAAGAGCUCUCCCUCGUCACAUUUGGUGGCUCCAAGUCACGAAGACGAAUUUCUGCAGAGCGUGUCAAUGUGCGACUCCGCAGCCAGUUCGGCGCCUCAGCAGUAACUCUGGAAGCCUUAACGAUUCCGGAAAUUUGUUGUGUAACAAGCCCACCGCUCGACCCCAACAUUUUGUACCUGCUCGGCGAACGGGAGUACAACGUGGCCGACAGCUUUCAACCAACCACAUGGCAACCGGAAGAAAUAAGUGUCCUCAUCGGGUCCGACGCCUAUUGGCAAGUGACCACAGGGAAAAUCGAUCGCAUCAGCUCGACUAUAACAGCAGUCGACACUACCUUUGGGUGGAUGGUGCAAGGCCCUAUGACGUCCGACUUUCGUUCCCCAACAAGUGCAUUAUUCGUCGCGCUUGAGAAGCCUGACUCGGAGAACAUCGACGUGUCGUUAAUGUGGCGUCUGGAUGCCAUCGGGAUCGACGAAGCAUCUUCACGGAACCUAGAGAGCGACCCUCACAUGUCUGAAUUUAAGCAAGCAAUUUCGAAGCAAGAUGGCCGUUAUCAAGUGCCGCUGAUGGUCAGACCACCAGGGUUACCAUCCGGAAGCAACAAUCGCCGAUUAGCCGAACGUCGACUGCGAAUGCAGAUCAACCGGUUCCGAGAGCAGUCGUCACUGCUAGAAAAAUACGACGAAGCAAUUUCGGCUUAUUUCAACGAUGGACAUGCGGAGAAGGUACAAGACGAGCAGCCGCUCAAGGACAACGUCUACUACAUGCCCCAUCACGCCGUGGUUCGUCGCGAUGCUGUUACGACGAAGCUUCGUGUCGUAUUUGAUGCGUCAUCGCACGAAGCCGGUCAUGUUUGCCUUAACGACGUACUCUCGAAAGGCGUGAAAAUUGGUUCUGACGUCAUCCAGCUUCUACUGAAUUUUCGCUGCCACCCUGUGGUUCUCGCCGCCGACAUAAAGAAGGCAUACCUGCAGCUUCUUAUUCGGCCUCAAGACCGCGACCUUCUGCGGUUUUUGUGGCUGGAAAGGUUGCCAACUAAAGAAGAGCCUAUGCCACCCAUUACUACGUGGAGAAUGACGAGAGUUCCCUUUGGAGCCGCGUCAAGCCCAUUUCUUUUGGCCGCUACGCUUCGACACCACUUAUCGUCAUGUAGGCAGAAUUAUCCAACCACAGUAUCCCUGUUAGAACAGGCUUUCUAUGUGGAUGACCUUCUUGUUGGACUACCAACUGCCAAGGAGGCAUUAAAGGUGUAUGAAGAAACACGGCAGAUAUUCAGGGAGGCCAGCAUGGAACUUCGCAAGUGGGCUUCUAACUGUGACAGCAUGAAAGAGAGAUUCCUCCACGAUAAAUGUGCCAUUGAAGAUGAAGCGGGGGACAGUCAUACUAUGAAGGUUUUGGGAGUGCCGUGGGAACGUUCUGGUGACUGUUUCCUCCUCACGACUCAACAUGCGGCCACUUUCACAGCCGGGAAGCCUGCUACUAAGCGCAUAGCAUUGCAAACGUUAGCCAGAAUUUAUGACCCCUUGGGAUACCUCACACCAUUUACCGUAAAGGCCAAGAUUGUAUUCCAAGAUCUUUGGAAGAAGAACCUCGCAUGGGACGCUAGCAUGCCAGAUGAAGAACAAACCGCCUGGAACAGCUGGUGCUCUGAGCUGAAUGGCGCCACUUGUGUCCGCAUCCCACGAUACAUAUUCUUAAGCGACGACCUCAAGCCAUUUACAUUUGAGUUGCAUACGUUCGCGGAUGCCAGUCCUAGGGCGUACGGCACGUGCAUCUACGUCCGAGUCAGCUCAGAACCUGACGCAUGCUUUGCACGACUGUUGAUCAGCAAGAGCAGACUUGCUCCGCUCAAGAUGAUUCGCUGGUGGCUCUACAUUGGAUAA